CUAAAACAGUCCUAGUUUAUCUCAAUUUGUUCGCCUUUAUCUUUACCGAGCAGAGAAGAAGUUAAAACAAUGCACUUCAUAAUCACAUUAACAUAAAAAUUGGUGAAUUAGCAGAAAGUUUAGAUCUAAAGCUAGAAAUACAAAGAUGAAGGCUUUAUCAUUCAUCUCACAUUCAAAACAAUCCCUUUUUUCUUCUUCACAAAUCACCGCGAAUCCAACUAAUCUUUCCAAAACAGAUGAAUCCAUCCUCAAAUUCAACCAAAACCCAAUUCAAUUCAACCCAACAUUCCCCCAAAAGAACCCUAAUUUCCCCUCAUUAUCGGUAAACUCAUCCCAAAAUCCGGACCCACAAAAUCCGGCACCACCAUUAGUAGUAGUAGGAUCAGCAAAUGCAGACAUUUACGUGGAAAUCGACAGACUCCCAAAAGAAGGAGAAACAAUCUCUGCAAAAUCGGGGCAAACUCUUGCUGGUGGCAAAGGCGCAAAUCAAGCAGUUUGUGGGGGUAAACUUUCAUACCCAACUUACUUUUUUGGGCAAGUGGGUAAAGAUGCAAAUGGGAAGUUGAUUUCUGAAGCUUUGGAAAGUGGUGGUGUCUGUUUGGAUCAUCUUAGGAGUGUCAGUGAGGCCCCCACUGGUCAUGCUGUUGUGAUGCUUCAAUCAGACGGUCAGAAUUCGAUCAUCAUUGUUGGUGGUGCUAAUAUGUGCGGCUGGCCAUUGGUUAUUGGUGAUAAAGAUUUGGAGAUUGUUAGGAAUGCUGGGAUUGUUCUUCUUCAAAGGGAGAUUCCUGAUUCUGUCAAUAUUCAAGUUGCUAAGGCUGCAAGAAGUGCAGGUGUUCCUGUAAUAUUAGAUGCCGGGGGAAUGGAUGCUCCUCUUCCAGGAGAGCUGCUGGAAUUUGUUGAUAUUCUGAGUCCCAAUGAAAGCGAGCUUUCUCGUUUGACAGGGAUGCCAACUGAAACAUUUCAGCAAGUUGGUGAAGCUGUGACAAAAUGUUAUGAAAUGGGUGUAAAGCAGGUACUGGUGAAACUUGGGGAUAAAGGUUCAGCCUUAUUUAUAGAAGGUGAAGAAGCUGUGAAACAGCCUAUUAUAUCGGCUCCAAAGGUCCUUGAUACAACUGGAGCUGGCGAUACUUUCACAGCUGCUUUUGCUGUGGCUCUCAUUGAGGGUCAGUCAAAACAAGAAUGUUUGAGAUUUGCCGCUGCUGCAGCUUCUCUUUGUGUUCAAGUCAAAGGAGCGAUUCCAAGCAUGCCUGAUCGUGAUUCUGUUUUGAAUCUUCUCAGAUCUCCAUAGUCUACAAGGAAGGAUAACAGCAACUUGCACAUAGACAGCUUUUUCAUUCCCAUUUUCAUUUCCUUUUCUCUCUGUUUAUCAGAAAUAAAUAUCAUCAGAAUUUCAGGCGUAGGAAGGAGUAACUAGGAAUAUCUAUCGUAGUUCGUAGAUUGAUGAGCACGUAGCUCGGAAGGAGGUUAACUGUACUUGAAGUCGAUGUAUGAAUUUUUGAGCAACUUCUAUUCACUAUUAGCUA